CAAGGAAUCUCUUUUCUGUUCUGUUCUGUUGCACAGGAAGAUUUUCUUCAGUCAAGGAAUAAGCUCUUUCUUUUUCCUUUUUCAUUUCUGCAAAGCCCUCCUCUUCUAAUCACAUUAUGCACUUAAUAUGCAUGCUUCAAAUGCAUGAAAUCACCUCAUUCUCCCUAAGUUUCGUAGGAAAUAGUUAUGAAAUGCAUGCAUUGAUUAGUAAUAAACAAUUCUUUCUUGUCAAUUCACUGCCAUAUUGUACUAACUUUGCAUGAAGUUUAUGCAGGAAUUUUAAGGUUCACGUGAAUUUCUGCACCCUGGUUUCUUAUCCAUUUACAUUUCCUGCUUUCUUUCAAGUACAACGUAAUUUGCUAUGAAUCAUAGGAAGAUGAUGAAACACCAAGCUUGUCAUAUCACUCGAACAAAGAGCUUUCUUGGGCUAUGGCAAUGGCGGGCUCAGCAUCACGCUAAACUUCCGGUUGUUCCUGGGAAGAGCCAUACAAUUUUGGGAAGCAACUAUGAGGAGAUGUCAAGGGAAUCAUUGCUGACGGGAGAAUUAUCCGAUGGCAGUAACCGGGGCUCAGUGGAUCCAACACAAGUUCCAAAAGGGUUCAUUGCAGUCUACGUAGGGCCAGAGCUCCGUAGGUUUGUGAUUCCAAUGAGCUACUUAUCGAUGCCGGAAUUUAAAACUUUGAUGGAUAAAGUUGCAGAGGAAUUUGGAUUUGAACAAGAAGGAGGACUACGAAUUCCAUGUGACGAGGAAGAUUUUGAGCAGAUAUUGCUUAGAUGUAUGGCACUCCAGCAAAUGUCUAAGAACAAGAACAAGAACAAUAAGAAGAUUAUUUUUACGUAGAAUUGGAGAUU